GCAACACUAACCAUAUCACUACUUCAUACUAUUACUUUGUUUUUUUUUUUUUUAAUUUUCAAAUAUGAAAGCUUUCUUAUCUAAUCAGAAAAUGAGUGUUCUUCUUCGUUACAUCUCUUUUCUCUUUCUCGUUUCAAGUUUUCUAAACACGUUUGUUUCUUCUACACAACACUUGUGUCAUUCCGACCAAAGGGAUGCUCUUCUUCAGUUUAAGAGUGAGUUUUCGAUCGAGAAGCCUCUUGGUUGGGACGAUUCAGAUGGGUCUUCUUAUCUGAAGAGAGAAUCAUGGGUGAAUAAAAGUGAUUGCUGUUCUUGGGAUGGUAUCACCUGUGCUGCUAAGUCGGGCAAAGUGAUCGGGCUAGACCUUAGUUCCAGCAACCUCCAUGGCCCGCUAAAAUCCAAGAGCAGUCUAUUUAGACUGCGUCAUCUCCGUGAUUUGAACCUUGCUUACAACAACUUCACCGGUUCGCCAAUCCCAGCCGAAUUUGAUAAACUCAUGGGGCUAGAAAGACUUGACCUCUCCAAUUCUUUACUAUCAGGGCAAAUUCCAAUCAAGCUUCUUCAGUUAACCAAAAUCCAGGUUGUUGAGGAUCAGGUAAAAUAUGGGAGAAUUGUUAAUGAGCAUCAUGUGGAUUGUCGACAAGCUGGGGCGAUCUGUGGGAUUGCGUUGAACACAUAGCAACGCAAUGUGGAUGCAUCUUGUCACUUCUUCGGUUUCACAGUUCUCUGAAAUGGUUGGAUCCACGAGUUCCAAUGGUGAACCGUUUCUCCACAACCUCCAAGCCUGUAAUAUAUAUAAUUUACUUAUCAAUCAAGAUUCAUCAAGGACAUAUAUAGUCUAGCUAAAACCAAAAUUUAUCAUAUUGUUUGUUUAUCAUGUAAUUAAUCAUCAAUAUCAAGAACAGAGUUCAGCUUCUUUGGUA